AUGAAUGAGCCAGGGCGCCAAGCUAUCAUCGAACUAGAGUUCAUCAUUAUUGGUGGGGGCCUUACAGGACUGGCCACCGCACAUGCUCUCGCCUCCUCUGGACAUCGAGUUCGCGUCUUCGAGAAGUCCUCCAGUGGAACCUCCUCCUCGGUAGCAGGAGUCCGCGUACCGCCAAAUGGUUCACGGGUGCUACUGCAAUGGGGUCUUUCUGAGCGAAUCAGAAAAUGCGCAACGGAGGUUCCAUCUCUCGAUUUCGUAGACAUGGAAAGCGGAGAAAGAUUGGGAUAUCUCGCUAUGGCCGAGCAGAUUAUAGAGCAAUUAGGAGCUCCACCUUUGGGCGCUUCGCAUCAUGGCAUUCACGACAUGCUUCACGACCUCGCCACCACAUCUGGUGUACAAAUCACAUACAACGCCCCGGUCAUUUCUGUCUCACCAUCCCGAGCUUCGUCUACCCCAUCGUCACUAUCUAUUCCUUUAUCCACCGGAAUUGAUCGCCCGUCUGUUACCCUUGCCACCGGCGAAACGUUCCACGCGGAUGUUAUCAUUGGAGCAGAUGGCAGGGACAGUGUUGUUCGUCCCGUUGUAGAAGAUAUACCUCCGAUACCGCCACCGACUCCACUGGUCGUGUAUACGGGGAUCAUUCCGAUGGAAGUCAUGCUAGCUAACGAUCUUACUACGGAUGUUGUGGCUAUGAGUGCUCCGUAUUGGACUGGAGAUAACGUUUUGGUCGCCACGGAUGAUCAGACAUGGGCCGUUAGCAUAUUCGUGAAUGAGGAUAGUAACGAAGAUGCUCCAACUGGAUGGGGUGCUUCCAUUUCUCCUCGUUUUGUAAUCCGCCAGCCCCUAGAACCACGGUUGAAUGCGAUGAUCGACCGACUUCCCACAGUCUCACGUAUAAAGAGCACGGCCAUGCCUCACGCCUCAUCCUGGAUCGACGCGUCGGAACGCAUCAUCAUUGCAGGAGAAGCUGCCCAUCCUUUCACACCAUGUGGACUACCCGUCGUGUCCUCCGCCCUCGAGGAUGCCUGCGUUCUCGGGACCCUUUUCUCCCACAUUCGCCACCCAUCCCAAAUCGCCUCCCUCCUCUACGCAUACGAAGAGAUCUGUAGACCGCGCGCCCACGCCGGGCACAACCUCGAACUUGCCAAUCUCACGUUGCUUCGUCUCCCGCCUGGCCCCGCACGCAAUGUUCGAAACGAGAUCUGGGCGACCGUGAAGUCGUUGAAUCAGGAAGAGGACGCGCACAUCCAUGGGAGGUAUGACGCGGAGCCGGAGGACCAAGAGUUGAGGGAACAGUGGCAGGGGUUGUUUGAGAUUUGGGGAUUUGACGCAAGGGAUGCUGCGGAGGAUUGGUGGCUUAAGUGGGGAAUUUUGGAGGAGAGGGCUUUGGGUAUGACCUGGGCGGGGGAGGACGACGCGUUCGUGGACGGGAUGAAGAGUAUGAGCUUUCAAUGUGUCGAGACGGUCAUUGAGUGA